ACUCGGAAUAUCAUAGAACUUUCAGAUAUUGAGGGUUUAACACAAAAAAUAAAUAAAUAAAAAGAAAGAUAAGUUCAACCUGCUCCAGAAACCAUGAUGCAUGAUAAUCUGCCAUAGUUAAAACUUAAAAAAGUCUCCUCUCUGGUUGGUGCACCAAGUCCUCAUUCCCUUCAUAAAGUAAUGACAGUUUAAGUCUUCAUCUUGACUUGAAACCUAAUUUGCCAUAAAACAUUUUCCUUUUUUUAAUUUCAAGUUGUAAAGAGUUCCCUAUUUUCCCAUUAUAAAUAGCUGCUCCCUGAUCACCUAGUUCCAAACCACACAAAGUUACUUGUUUCCAAAGCAAUGGAGCCUCACGGCCUUACUGCCAAGUCUUUAUUAGGCAUCCUUUUACUCUCUGCCUUCUUAACUUGCUUUGCCAACGCGGAAAUUCAUUACCAUGAAUUUGUUAUUGAAGCGACACCAGUGAAGAGGCUGUGCAAAACCCAUGAGAGAGUCACAGUAAAUGGUCAAUUUCCAGGACCAACAUUGGAAGUGAGAGACGGGGAUUCUCUCGUGAUCACAGCUAUAAACAAAGCUAUAUACAAUGUCACCUUGCACUGGCAUGGAAUCAGACAACUCCGGAACCCAUGGGCAGAUGGUCCAGAAUACAUAACGCAAUGCCCUAUCAGACCCGGAAUGUCUUACACAUACCGUUUCACCAUCCAGGACCAAGAAGGGACUCUUUGGUGGCAUGCUCAUAGUAAAUGGCUUAGAGCCACAGUUUAUGGAGCUAUCAUUAUCUACCCCAAAUUAGGCUCCCCAUACCCAUUCCCCAUGCCCAAAAAGGAAAUACCUAUUCUUCUCGGUAACUUCUAUUUUUUGUUGGGGAAACAUUUUUUCUUCAAAGCAAUUGUUGUAAAUACACGAGUAAAUGGCCUGAAUCAAUGAAUUUUGAUGGUGAGUAACAGGAGAAUGGUGGAACAGAAACCCAAUGGAUGUUCUGAAGCUGGCAACGUUCACAGGAGCAGGUCCUAAUUUAUCAGAUGCCUAUACAAUCAAUGGACAACCAGGGGACUUGUAUAUAUGCUCCAACAAUGGUAUAUCUGAGCUCUCCAACUUCCAAUUCCUAAGAAAACCUUAAUCAAAACGUGUUUUCUAUAUCAAAAUUGUAACCUUGUCAUGCAGAAACGAUGAGAUUUCAAGUGGAAUCCGGUGAGACAAUUCUGCUGAGGAUCAUAAACUCCGCUUUGAAUCAAGAACUCUUCUUUGGGGUGGCUAAUCACAAUAUGACUGUUGUGGCGGUAGAUGCUGCUUACACCAAGCCUUUCACCACCAAUGUUAUCAAGAUAGGUCCAGGUCAGACAACCAACGUCCUUCUCACAGCCAAUCAGCCUCCAGCUCAAUACUACAUGGCGGCACACGCCUAUAACUCUGCCAGUGCACCGUUUGACAAUACCACCACCACUGCCAUCCUUGAAUACAAUUGCACAACAAAAAGAAACUCUUCAAAACCAAUCUUCCCGCAGCUACCAGGGUUCAAUGAUACAGCGACAGCAACAGCAUUCACUGCACAACUAAGAAGCCCUUCCAAGGUUGAUGUUCCAGUCUAUAUUGACGACAACUUGUUUAUAACAGUAGGGUUAGGGCUGAUCAGCUGCUCAAAUCCGAACAGCCCCCGGUGUCAGGGUCCAAAUGGGACCCGAUUUGCAGCCAGCAUGAACAAUGUCUCCUUCGUGUUCCCAACAAGUAACUCUUUAAUGCAAGCGUACUACCAAGGCCAACCUGGUGUCUUCACCACAGACUUUCCUCCAGUUCCUCCCAUCCAAUUUGAUUAUACUGGCAACGUUAGCCGCGGCCUCUGGCAACCUGUUAAAGGAACUAAGCUGUACAAGUUGAAGUUUGGUUCCAAGGUACAAGUUGUGUUCCAAGACACAAGCAUUGUCAGUGUUGAAGAUCAUCCCAUGCAUAUUCAUGGAUACCAGUUCUAUGUGGUUGGAAGUGGGUUUGGAAACUUUAACCCAAGAACAGAUCCAGCCAAAUUCAACCUCAUCAAUCCACCUGUUAGGAACACCAUUGGAAGUAAUCCUGGUGGAUGGGUAGCCAUCAGAUUUGUUGCUGAUAAUCCAGGAAUCUGGCUGGUGCACUGUCACAUAGAUGCUCACCUGACUUGGGGCUUGGCCAUGGCUUUCCUGGUUGAGAAUGGAGUUGGGGAAUUGCAGACAGUGCAGCCUCCACCACUGGAUCUGCCACAGUGUUGACUUGAGACUACAUCAUCGAUUCACUGGCCAUUCAAGUCUGAAAAUCUUAGUCUAAACAUAUGCUGUUUUAUUCCAGUCCUUAGACAAUUAGGAAUUUCUUUGGAUGAAUUUAGUGUAUUAUUUUCAGAUUAAAAGAAUGAGAUUUCAAAUAAUAAAAGAACCAUCUUUUUAUAGGAUUCAGGAAAGACUCUAUCAUUAACCAUUUAUGAUUUAACACCAAUCCAUGUACACUGCAACAGAAAGCAAAGCAAUGUUGUCAAACAUGCUACAAGCUAGGAGAACUUGAAAACUUCUACGGCUACUCCUUAUGGCUCUUAUCUCUGCUUUUUGCAUUUUAGACAAUAAUCUCUAACAACUUAGACAACAAAUUUUAGACACCGAGUAUCAUUUUGUAUGUUUUGACACCGUCACAAACAACAUCGCAGUCCACAUGUGACACGGGUAUAGUUCGAAGUAAAGCCACAAACACUGCAGGAAUGGUGAUGGAAUGUAGAACUUGGAAGUCCAACAGCUGCCCCUCAAGUAGAAUGGAACAUGUGGAAGCAAGGAUUCAAAGUUUGCCAAUUUCCAUUACAGGAAUACUUACAUUAGCUAGUGAGGUAUAUUAAAUCAAAUGGAGUGGAAACACAAUUAUCCAUUUUUAACCUCAUAUAAGAGCUCAAGGAAGGUUCUCAUGGCCUUUCCCGCAGUCAAUCAAGAAACAUUGACAAAGUAAACAGAACAUAACAAAUUCUGAGGCAUUUAAAGAGAAAUUUUUAAGAACUUUGACACUAACAACAACUCCAAUUGAAAUCACCCUGCCCUUUUUUGAAUGCCUGUCCGAAUCAAAUUUCAUCUUGCACUAUUUUGGACGGUAGAACCCCCACAUCUGCCUCUCAAAUAUGAGGAUAAGGACAAAUCCAUCCCUUAAAAAAAAAAAGAACAAAUU